AUGAGCGACUCCAAAACUGCACGCCACGCGCCGGAGCACAUGAGCAGCGGUGAUGACUCCAUCAUGGCUACUGAGGACGGAGCACAGGCGCGCAUCGACUCCACAGGUGGCCUGCGUGCGCUUUCCUCUGCGAUGAGUGGCGGCGACAACGACCAUGAACCUGAGCUGAACGUGCUUGGCACCACCGGCAGAGACGUCCAUCGCAGAAGACCUGGACAAAAGGAGGAUGUUGUCGUGGGAAAUCGGCGGGCCUCUCGCGGAGUGGGUCUCCUGCCUCCGGUGCGCCAACGCGUCAGUGACGCGUGCGAGAACGGCUCGAGCGGCGCCGACGAGACCGCUGGCAACGCCGGCACCCUCACACGACCGAAGGGCUCCGUGCAGGAAUACGUGCGCGAGAAAUUGCAACUUCAAAGUGAGCAGGGGAUUCGGACUUGCAGCAGGGUGCGGCGACCCCUCUGCUCCAUCCUUGUGAAGUCAGGUGCAUCGGGGCCUAAGCGGGGCGAGGGCACGAAUGACAGUCCACGCUGCGACGCUGGGCCGCGUUCCAACCUUGACUGGGACAAGUCGCCGAACCACAGAGCCUUCUGGAAGAGAACUAUGUCGAAGCAGGAGACCGACGCGGAUCUGCGCUGCUACACCGCGCACGAGUACAUCUUAGCCUUUUACUACCAUGAGAGCAAGGAGUGCGACGACAGCCUAGAGUUGACUACCCCAGACAGCAGCCAGCGGCGACGGCGCGAGCGUGUGGCGCGCGUGGUGGCGGAGGCGACGCCACGCGAGGAGGCGGAGAGGUCAAAGCUGAAGCCAAAGGGCUCCAUCCCCCCAAACACGCGACGGGAGAUGAUGACGUGUGCCACGGUAGAGGAACUGUACGAGCAGCUGAUGGUGUGCUACCGGAAGGCUGGGGUGGAAAAGGGCUAUCUUGACACACUCUUCAUGAGGGAGGUACUGAGCGGCAGACGGCAGCCGCGGGUGCACGAAAUGGAGAAGGACGACGACCUCGGCGAGAACUUGUCCGCCCCAUCCGAUGACGAGGUCGCGGAGGCGCCGAAGGAGGUGGUGCAGGUGGUCAAGCCGAAGCGGUCAAAACCGGCUGCGGUCAGCAGGCGCUCGGCGGAGCCGACAAGUCUCUACGAGAUUAUGCUGGAGCACAUGCGGGCGAAGACGACGCCAGCCUUUCUGCACCACAACGCCAUCCCGCUGCCAACGGUGCGUUUCCUCCAAAAGCGGGGCACCAUCAAGCUGGGCAACUACUCAUACGUGCUCCACCUCUGGGAUGAUGAAGAGAAGGGCUACCUCGUCACCGGCGUCUUCGACCGCAAGCCUGGGUUCGCAAAGCAGUUCAAGGACUCCUGCACGUACGCGAUUUACGGCUUGGAAAUGGGCCGGGACUGGGGCAUGCGGUUCGGAGAGCUGGUGCUGAUGCGGCAGCACCUGGCACCAGGGGCACGCAAGCACUUCCCUGAGGAGGGUAAGCUUAUUCGCGGGCACACAGUGAUUCGCGCUGCAAGCGUCUUAGACAUCUUUGACGGCCGUGUGUGCGGCAUCCCGUCCAACCUCAGGGAGCUGGAUUACCGGCGCACCGGCAUCCACGCGAGCGUGCAGGCCCUCGCCCACUAUAACCAUCUCUUCCCCCGCUGGAGUCCGCUGCGCAGCAUUGUCCACCCACAGGACAUCUUCGGCUGUCCGGUGGUGAACCCGACCGGGGGGUUAUACUGCCUCUCCAUGGUCGUGAAUGGGGCGACGCGGAUGGUGAAAGUGGACGACCGGGUGCCGGUGGAACCGGAGAGCGGACUCUUUCGUUGUCUCACGUCCGCCACGUUCGAGCUGUACCCGGCUCUGCUGGAGAAGGGGCUCCUCAAGGCAAACGGCUGUGGUAUCAACCUCGCCCUUAUGGAGAGCGCCGCGGUGUUGUUCCAGUUAUGCGGGUGGAUACCUGAGGUGAUUCGCUUUCGCAGCGCCGGUGGAGUCGAGGAGCCUACCGUGGAUGGUCUGAUGCGGCCAUCGGAGAUGUGGUCGGUGCUGAUGGAGGGCUACAACUUUGGGCGGCUCAUGAUGACCCUCACGGCGCACUGGUGUGCUGGCCGGCCGCCCCUCACGGCGUCGGAGCGGGUGAUGCAGAGCGCGCAGUGGUUCGUGACACCGGUCGUGUAUCCCGUGAUCGACAUGAUCACGCAGCGCUUGAGCACCACCGGGGAGCCCACUAUUCGCGCCAUCAUGCUGCGAGACACGACAGCGGAUCCGUCAAGGCGAAAGUUCGAGCCACCCUUCAAGACCUCCCUCACUGCGGAGCAGCUGCUCGACCUGGGCUACAUGAACGCCCACCGCGAGGCCGGUGUCUUCUGCGUCACGUGGGAGGAGGCGAUCGCACAUUUUGAUCACUGCAGCAUCAACUGGAGCCCUUUCACGUACUGGGACCUUCCGAGCGGGUCUGAGGCGCCAGAGGACUGCACACGGCUGUGCUGCCACGGCAUCUAUGACAUGCGCGACGCCGGGAAGCACAUGGCGCGGCAGCCGCAGUUUCACAUUUGCUCGCAACUUGUCGACCGGUGCACGCACUUAUUCCUCGUCUUCUGCCCACACGCGGGCGACCAGUCCCCGCUGCCGCACGACAACAACAUGCUUGACAAGACGACUGUAGAUAAGCUAUCCGGGGGCGGGGCAGCAGUGCGGCUGCGCGUGUAUGAGGUGACGACGCUGCCGUCUCUAGCGCAGUGCAAGAUGCGCGACAGCCGUGGUCGUCGAGUGACGUGCUGCUUCGGAGACUGUCAAGGACGGCGCAUCGUCAGCGAAACGGAAGGGCCGCGCGGACUGCAGUCACUGGCGGUGGCGCAGGGUAACCGCAACGAGUUCAUCACACUCGGUUUCGACUGCCUGCCGGGCACGCGGGAGUACGUAGUCGUCAUGGACGUGCACGACCGCCACCGGCCGUCCCGUGGUAAGGGCACUUUUCCGUACACCCUAACGCUCUUCACGUGUCUCGAUCCGCUGCUGGAGCGCAACCCCAACAAAUUCCCGAUGUCCGCCAUACACGCUCACCACGCCACGCUGGAGCAGGCGAAGCGGGUGGCGAUGGGUGGCGGCUUCUCACACCGGGACGUUGUUUCAGCAGACCUGAACGUCAAUGACCUCAUCGAGGAGGAGGCGCAGCGCAAGCCACCGAGGCGGACGAUCACGAUGCACGCCAUCCCAGAGCACCCCAACAUUCACUCCCGCACGGUGCAGGGUCUGUGGUCCGUGCCCGGGUCGCGCACGCGGACAGUGCUGCUGCCGCACGACGCCACGCACGAGCUGUUGUACACGGGCACGCAGUACUACUUCCACCUUGACAGACCUUCUUACUUCGCCUUGCGCAUCUGCCAGUCGAGGCGGGUCGGGCCGGCGCUCUCCACCGUCGAGCUGAAAGUGCUGGUGGUGCGGCGAACCGGCAGAGAUGACAUGUGCACGAACGAGAAGGACCUGCCAGCCGAGCGCACAGCACAGACCUGCGGCGGCGGCGGCGCAGCGGGAAGAGGAGGCAAGGCGUAUGUGCCAUGCUCUGUGCAGGGGAUCGUUAUGAAGGGCAGCGACGUUGUGCUGAGCAGCGGUCCCUGGUCCCUGGACGGCGCGGUGAUCGACAGUGUGUCACCACACACGGUGCUGCUGGAUCGGAACGGCGUUCUUGUACAGAACCCGCGGCGGCUGCGGCAGUACUACCACACCUCCUUCAACGUCGCUCUCUCCGACCGCGAAAACAAGGACAAGACGAACAUGAGCUUCUUCCUCCUGUCUCGCCCGGACCCGAACGACCAAAUGCGCUCCGUCAUUCUGCAAGCCUUCGCGGACGGUUUUUUGAUCUCGCCGCACACGUGCAACAUCGGCAUCAAGGGCAACCUCAUACCGCACGACACGGAGGUGCGCGCCGUCCUCACGUCCUCGAACUUCGCCUACGAGUUGCACGGUGAUGAGGGCCACUCCGUACCCUUCACGCAAGAGAGCGCACAGCGAUCGCUGGCGACGCCGGCGCCGCAGCUCGAUCUGUUCAUCGAUGUGGACCUGCAGAGCACCGCACCGGCGAGAAGCACCUCAUUCUCGUCCGGGUCAGACGCUAGUUACGCGCUUGAUCGACUGCGCGCCGUCGUGCGCUCCGCGCUGACGUCUAGUCCAUCGCAGCGACUGCGGCUGCUGCGCACCCUCUUCUCCACCAUGGCAUUUGUCCGCCGAACGGUCAAGAAUGAAAGCCACCGCGCUUUUCUGACGGGGCUGGGCGGCUCAAUCGAGGCGUGGGUGCGAUGGCACCAGAGUCUGGAGUCGCCGGGGGUGCAGGCGCCGGUGCUGUCCCUGCCGCCGCUGCCGGAGGGAGACUACAUCAUCAUCCCCUGCUUCAAGCCCGUGUCGGACGAUAAGGCGACGGAGCUGGGGAAGACGCGUGGCGUUGUGGCGGGGGACCAAAGCACGCUGGCGUUCGACAUCACCCUCAGCGUACCAGGUCGAGUUGUGGAGCUGAUCCCGACUAGAAAUCCAGUCGACGGGCAGGGUAGCACGCAAGCUGUGCAGGCGCAGAUGCAUUGCGAGCAGACCAUUCCAAGCGCCGAACGCCUGCGUCCCGACGUACACAGUAGGCACUAUGGCUUCAUCUCUUCUCUUUCACGGUGGAUAUCUGGCUCGAGGAAGAGGGCGUAG